AUGGCGACCUCUCUCGCUGCUCAAUUGGCGCAGGUGGCCGCCAAUUCGAAGUCGACUCUCAACGUCAAGGCGCAAAAGGCUUCCCAUUCCAAGUCGCUGAUCUGGGAGCCUCGAGUCGCCGCUACCCAGAGUUACCAAACUCUUUACACCACCUGCUACCAGGGUUUCGAGGAACUCUGCCAGCUCGAUGCUCGCUUUGCAGCUUUCCAGUCCACCAUCUUCAGCGAGGAGAGCCAGAGCCAAGAUCGCACCCAGCUCACAGCCUCUGAGAAUGAGGAACUGGAUCGCAGAGUUGAGGCCUUCCUGCGUCUUGCGGGUAGCCGACUCAGGCUGAUGCCCGCGAUCAAGUCUAUCGAAUGGCUUAUCAGAAGAUUCCGGAUUCACGAGGAAAACACACAGGCGUUACUGCUCACUUUCUUGCCUUACCAUUCGAUACCAGCAUUCGCGACUCUCUUGUCUAUUCUACCAAGCAAGAUUCCUCACGACUUCCGCUUCCUCGACCCUUAUAUCCGCUCCGCCACCUCUCCUCCCCGAUCUGUCUUGGUCCGACAGGCUAUUCAGCAUCCUGCGUUCCUGACUCUUAUGUCUGAGUACACCCUCGAAUCAUGCCGAAUGCAGUACAACUACCCUACUUUGAUCUCCUUCUGGGCCGGUCUGAUGACAGAGGCAGUCAGUGGAAUCUUGGAUAAAUCUAGGUCAGGAAGAGCCGCAGUUCAGAGUGAAAACGACCAGGCUUUGCUUCACCGAUUGGGACCUAUCUUCGCCGAGUCCCUGGUUAUGAAGAAGGUUCCUAGUAUUCAGAUUGGUUCCUACAUGGCCAUCGCUGUCUUCGUUGCCAAGGGCAAUCUCGAGGACAACGCUGUCACCGCGUUCAUGGACCAAACGGUCUAUGGUUGGACUAACGACACUGUGCGGCCUGCUCUUGUCUGUCUCGCUAUCCUUGCGCAGUACCGAUCUGCCAAGCAAAUGAGCGGCAAAACCACAAAGGCGCUUAUGAAGGUUACAGAUAUCGGAAACCUUCUUGUCGAGAUUGGCCAGGAACGCAGGGUCGACAAACUUGCCAACGGCCUUUGCCUUGCUUUGAUCGAGAGGCUUACCAAGAAGGGUGACGCCCGAGGUUUGGCGACUAUUAUUACCAUUCUCAGCAGCUCCGUUCUGAAGGACAAGCAAAUCGCCGUUGUUUUCAAGUCACUUAUUCUUACCGCGCAUCGACUCAACGACGACAACGAUGAGGACGGAGCCCUGCGACGAGAACUUGGCUCAGCACUUAUUGCCCUGUCGCAGAACACCGGCAAAUCUGGCGACACUAUCCAGUCCGUUAUCGAGGAAGUCAAGUUUGAUAUUGAGGAGCUGGAGAUGAAGCUCGACCUCUCAUUCCGAUCGCGACGACUACCUGAAACAGUCAAGGACGACCAAGAUAUCACCAAUGGAAACGACGAGAAGAAGGCGCCUCAAGAUCUGAGUCUGUUGCUUAAGGAGCUUUCGGACCGAUCCGAAUCACUCUCUCCUUGCCUUGUACCGCAGCCAGGCGAGAUCUUCGACGAAUUCAGCCAUAUCUUCUUUUCUGUUGUUUCUCAGAGCUCACAAAACUCCGACUUGCUGUCCGAGUUUGAACUAAACCCCAAGCUCCACCGACAAAAUGCCUUCAAGGAUUGCACAUACUUGAGUUUCUUUAUUCGCAUUUGGAGCGGCCCUUACCCAGCGUUGGCUCGUGUUGCGGCACUGGAUAUGGUUAAGAGGAGGCUCAAGGUUGGUGAUGCCGGAAAGACUGAUCUACAGGAUUUGCUCCCCUACUGUAUCUCGGCCCUCAGCGAUCCUUCCAAGCGCGUUCGUCAAUCUGCUGCCGACUUGAUUGCUGUCCUUACUGGUCUCUACACUCCCCCAGUUCCUUCCAAGGGACUUGAUCUCUGGGGUGAACAGAGCCUAUACGGAAAGAACAAGGAAUUUGCCGCAUUGGCACCCGAUGUUGUCGCCAAAAUCCUUCACCUUCAAAUUCUUCCCACAGUUGAGGAGUGUGUCAUGGAUCCUGAACACAUUACAGCCGUCCUUCGCACCGCAAUCGAGCAGGGCAAAUACCAGUCCAAGCCUGACCUUGCAUUGGACAAGAAGGACCACUUGUCUCAACCGGGAAGACUGUCUCUCCUCCAGUUCCUUGCUUCGCACAUUGUCAACACGCCUUUUGUCGUAGUGAAGAGCAGGCUCUUGAAGACAGUCAACGGGGUCCGAGGCGUCAGCACUACAACAAGAACACAACUGCUGCUCCCUGUUCUGCAAUGGUGGGCUGGCCUGAGCGAUGAUGAGGCGGAUAAGCUCUGCAGCUCGGAGCGUCUUGAGAAGUCGGAUAUGGACAACUUUUUCGUUGAUGUCGUGGUUCCUAACGAUGUCACCGGAUUGGAGUUUUUCUUGGAGUUCCUUCGGGAGCCCAGCCAGAGGGAAAAGGCCGAUCUUGUUCGUGCCGUCUUUGCUCGCAUCAAGAAGAUGUGGUCUUCAAUGAAGCCUGACGUCAAGCACACAGCUGCUGAACAGUUGCUGGAACUCUCGCAGGAGCCGGCUGUCUCACCUGACGAUAAAUCAGUCGUUUCUGCCGAGGCUGCUGACCUGUUGAGAAACGUGCGACUCACUACUGAUAUUCUCGACGACUUCCUCAAGUCCAUCCAGACUGGAACCAAGAUGGUCACUGAGCCUCCACCCAACAAGCGACGCCGAACUAGCGCCUCCGGAGGUGACCGCGGUCUCGUCACCCAAGUCACUCCUGAACUUAGCCAGGCGCUGCGAAAGGUCACAUUCGUCCUUCAGCUGGUUGAGAACUCUGAACCUGUUGAGCACCCACAACUUCUGGAUGGCCUGUUCACUGCCCUCUCUGAGCUCCAGCACUUUAGAACGCUUGUUGGAUCCGAGCUGGGCUACCUGCAGAACCUAAUCCUUCGAAGUCUGCUUGCCAUGAUGCCUGCCUACAAGUCGAACAAGAAGCUCAAGAUUGAAACCUCUGGCGGAUACGGAGAUCUACUUGUUAACUGCAUCCAAAGGUCUUCCAGUCCCGUUGUCCAAAAUGCUGCCCUCCUCCUGAUUGCCAGUCUGGCCACCACCGCACCGAACUUGGUCCUUCAUAGUGUCAUGCCCAUCUUCACGCUCAUGGGUACAUCAGUACUUCGUCAAAGCGACGAUUACUCUGCCCAUGUUGUGUCCCAGACUGUCAAGCAGGUUAUUCCUCCGUUGAUCGAAUCUCUGCGCCAAGGACAGAAGAGCCCAGUUGCUGGUGCUUCUGACAUCCUUGUGAGCUUCACAACCGCAUAUGAGCACAUUCCCGCCCAUCGACGACAGGGUCUAUUUGUUGCCCUCGUCGAGACUCUCGGUCCCCAAGACUUCCUCCAUGCCCUCAUCAGCAUGCUGGUCGAUCGAUACGGUCCCAGUGACGCUAUCCUGCAGUUUAUCAUUGAGUUGUUGAACCAUUUCAGCAUCACCACACAGCUCGACACACUCGUCAAGCUUCUUGACUUGAUCGCUGAUCUAUUCAGAGCUAAGCCUGGCAUUUCUUUUGUUCUCCUGGGCAUUAGCGAUGACAAGGACGACAAGGAUAAGGACCUUGAAGCAAUUGCUCUCCGUCAGCUGUCGGCCUUCCCCAGCUUUUUGGCCAACAAGAAGCCCAGGGCACAGAUUGGAGGCUUGAUGGAGAAGGACGAUAUGGAGGCAUCAAGACUGAGGGAGCUCUAUGCCACCCUGCUCGAGAACAUUCUUGUUCUGGCUGACACGGUCAAGUCGAGUAAGAAUCUUCAUGGCCGUUGCGGACAGGCUCUUUCCAACCACCUCAACUUGCUAUCGAUCGGAGAGUUCAUCAAGGCUGUUGAGAACCUGCUUGACAGACCCGACAUGGGUCUACGACAGAAGGUUCUCCGCGCUCUUGAGGUUCGGGUUGACCAAGAGAGCAACACUGAUCCUGCAUCCAGAUCUGUCUUGUUGGCAUUCCUUCCCCAGCUUACUGCCGGUAUCAGAGAGUCAACCGACAUGCGGUACAAGCACACUGCUGUCACUUGUGUGGACAAGAUUUCCGAGAAGUAUGGCAAGAAGGACAUCGAGGCUGUUGUUGCUGCAGCUACCACAAUUGCUGGCGAGCACUGCCUGGGCCAGUCUGAGGAGCGCCUCCGAGUUAUGGCACUUCUGUGCCUUACCUCGCUCGUGGAUGUUCUUCAAGACGCCAUCGUACCCGUGCUGCCGAGCGCAAUUCCCCAGGCAGUCAAGUACCUCGACGAAAGCCUGAAGGAGGAUGCCCGUGACGAGGAGCUUCACGUUGCCAGUUACGGAUUCAUCAGCGCUCUUGCUCAACAUCUUCCCUACAUGCUUUCGACUUAUCUCGACCGAAUUCUGGAGGUUUCGAACAAGUCUGCUGAAACCGAGCUGGACGAUGACGCGAGGGGAAGCCGCGUUGACUGUCUUCACUUCCUGGCCAAACAGCUCGAGGCAAAGGAGAUCUUCUCGGCGCUGGACCGAAACUGGGAGAGUGCCAGAAGUGCUGGGUUCUCGGCUGUGGCUGAAUAUCUUGAUGUGCUGGGCCUGGCUAUUGACAAGCACCCCAAGUCAGGUAUCUCCAAGAACGCUACGCUAUUGUCGAGCAUCCUCACCAAGGUGUUUGACCUUCGACGACAAGAACAUGCCAAGGGCGAGCUCGGCGAGCAGGAUCUUCUAAGGCUCAGUGCCAUCGACGCCAGCGCCAACGACAAGGCCUUGAAGAUGAUCUACAAGCUCAACGACGCAGCGUUCCGACCAGUGUUUGUACAGCUUGUCGAGUGGUCCAACUCGGGCCUGUCAAAGAACGACCGAGUGGGACGCUCGCUGCGCCGAUACAGCGUUUACGGAUUCCUUGAGGCGUUCUUCGGCACCCUCAAGUCAAUUGUCACCAACUAUGCCACGUACAUUGUGGACGAUGCAGUCAGUAUUCUCAAGUCGGUGGAUCUGAAGAGCUCCGAGGAGCGACAGCUCUGGUCAAGGGUCCUACAGACCCUGGCCAACUGCUUCGAGCAUGACCAGGAUGACUUCUGGCAAGCUCCGGCCCACUUUAGUGCCGUCGGACCGGUACUGAUGGAGCAGUUCUCACAUGCCGGGACGGUGGAUGUGACAGAGGAUCUCAUCCCUACAACAGUGGAGCUGGCCUCGGCGGCAGACUCACAGGCUCAUCAGAAGGAACUCAACUCUGGUCUACUCAAGCACCUGCGAUCCGAGUCUGCAGCAGUGAGACUAGCCGCGGUCAAGUGUGAACAGGCGUUGACAGAUCGUCUGGGCGAGGAAUGGUUGUCCAUGUUGCAUGAGAUGCUGCCUCGCAUCAGCGAAUUGCAGGAGGAUGAUGACGAGGUGGUUGAGCGGGAGACACACCGAUGGAUCGUCAAGAUUGAGGGAGUGCUGGGAGAGAGCCUGGACUCCAUGUUACAAUAG